AUGGGAAGGAAUGAGGUGCUGGUGGGGUGCACGGCUGUGGACGGACUAGAGAAGGUGGUGCUGGGCGAAUCCCAAGGCAGCGGCUGGAGGGAGUCCGGCCUGCCUCAGUGUACCCUGUGGCGAAACCCAGCCGUUUUCGUCUGGCUGCUACUUCUCUUCCAGGCCCUGGUGAUGAGCUUGCAGUCCUCCAUCCCUGCCAACUUCCCGCAGGGCAAAGUCCAGCCUGUGCCCAACUUUCGAUGCCAGGUCCUAGACGUGCUGCCGUUGACCUUCUUUCUACCUUCCCCCUCCCUUAUCCAGCUGCCUGCCUGGCACAGAGGAUCGGCAUCGGGCCCUCGGGGGCAGCGGCUGGGAGUUGAACAAACGACUGUUGGAAAGAACGAAGUGAUAACCAGCAUUCGGGAGCACCGGCACACCCGUAGCCAGCUUACACCCUUCUCUCUUCGUCAGCUGCAGGCUCUCUGGGCUUGUACGAGGGUGAACUGUAUCUUUGGAAAUACCCUAAGGUCAUUUGGAUUCAACCCUGAAAUACAAGGCACUUCUUUGCUCCUCUGCUGCGUUCCAGGCACUGUUCUGGUGCCGGGCAACAGAGAGGCACAGGCCCUGCCUCUGAACGCCGCUGGGUCCCAUUCAUCUUCCUUCUGCCUCGUGGACAGUUCGCAAGUGACCUCCCCCUGGAACUCUGGAGCCACUUUAGCAGAAGAGGGAGGCAGCUGUCCUUCUAAGGGGCCUUCUGUCGUGCUUACAGUACAGACAAUAACAUGGGGCUGGUGUCUCUGUGACCCAGGAGCCCCUCCCCAGGCAGCGCCUUCUCUCGCCCUGGCUCAGGCCCCAAGGACCACCUGCCUCUGGCCUGUAUCUAGGGCCACGCCAGUGACAUCUCCAAGCCUCCGUGUUCUCACCUGUCACAUGGUGACAUCACACCUGGCUUUCCUGCCCUCUGACUGAGCAAGUGAAA